GUAGGGAAACCAUCCACCCUUUCGGAACUUUGCACCUUAUCACAGACUUUUGAUGCAUGCUAUUGGGAGCGUAAAUCCAAAGUAACUCGUCAUGUGAAACCCUCCACCUCCAAUGUCUUCAACAAGACCACUACCGCUUCCCACUCCGACACUGUUCCUUCCUCCUCCUCGUUCAAUCCUGCUUCUGGUAGCAAGCCUCUGAAGGACAACAAGAAGUCCGAGGCCAGCUCCACUAAGCCAGAUCUCUCAUCAAAACUCGGAGACAACAGCAAGCUCACACUGCAACAUAAGCGUUGUCUCGACAAGAAACUUUGCAUGUUCUGCAGACAGUCUGGCCACAUGGUCAAGGACUGCCCUAAGUCUUCUUCUCGCGCAUCCAAGGCCUGCACAGCCAGGACCAAA